CUGGGUCCCGUGGACGGCACCGUGGAACAGCCCCGUCCAGGCUGUGAAGCUGGGCGGCUGCAGUUAACCACGGUACUGAGGCAGACAGACAGGGUCAGCCGUGACUUCAACCCGAAUAAAGGUUCCUUAUUUGGUGUUUUUCAUACCGCCUCUUUGGAAGAACAUCUCGACUACAACUUUAGCAUUUGAUAUGCCGAACUAGUUUUGGGGGAGCUUGUGGACGAGAGGACACCGACGAAGGACGAGGAUGAUGAGCACCAAGAGGAAGGCAGAGAGUCUCCGACCUUGCAUCAUGAAGUGCAGAGGCUCCCAGGUGGACUCAGAAAGAGACUCUGGAUUCUCAGACGCCAGCUCAGAACACCAGAGCACCAUGGACACCACGGACUCUGAGGAUUCUCCUCAGCCCAGAGGGCAGAAAGGGGCGACGGGUGCUGGUUCAGGCCCAAAGCCCUCCCAGCUGGCUGUGGUUGGAGGCUCCUACUCCGGACUCUCGCCUAUGAUCAUAAUGAACAACGUUGUGCUCAAGCAGCCUGUGGAGAACCCGCCCUCUAUGAAGCCGUGGGGCUUCAGCCCCGCUGUGGAAGUGGUGCAGCCCGUGGUGCCGCAGUCGCAGGUGGUCUUUCUGCAGCCGGUGGUCUCCCGCCAAGCUUCGCCAUCCUCCAAGGAGGCCGCCUCCAAGCACAGACGCUCUAAAAAGUAUUUUCCAAUCUUAAAGUCCUACCCUAAGAUCGCCCCUCAUCCUGGGGACAGCUCUGCUUCCUCGGGAAGAGGAACUGCUUCUUCUUCUUCUUCUUCUUCCUUCUCCACCACCUCGUCUUCAUCGGGGUCAGAGAAAUGCAGCUCGUUGACCUCUAACCUUUGGGAACAAUGUCCGAGAGAGAAGGUGCAGAGAUCUCUGUGUAGCAGCACCAGCAACUCCAGAGCUGCUUCCCCCAGUCUUCCUGGUACUCCCAGUACUCCCAGUACCAUGUCCCCGCUGCUCCAGAGCAGACUCUCCCUCCCCGCAGCAGAAACCAGCAGCGGCGUCACGCCCGCCACAGAGAGGCCUUCGUUGGCGGCCGACGCCCCGCCCUUCGGUCACUCCACGAACCAGGCGCUCACGCUGGACAGCAUCUCCUCUCUGGAGUGCAACGAGAGCGACGGCAACCCGGACACCAAGAGGAAGCGCUUCUGCAACACGUACAACAUCCUGAGCAAGUCGGGGCUGCUGGACAUCACGCUCCGCACCAAGGAGCUGCUCCGGCAGAACCAAAGCACGCAGAACGAGCUGGACCGGCUGAAGAAGCACACGGACCUGUUCUUCCAGGCGCUGCAGAGCGGGGACACCAGCAUCUGCAUGAAGCUGCUCACCAGUCUCCGGGAGGAGGACAGGGACAGAGCUGCUCAGCUGUGAGCCGGUAGACUCAGAGGAAGACCUGGAAGUGGGGAGAGGGGGAGGCGCGGCGAGGCAGAUGGGCUGAAAGUAAUGCGCUCUACAUUAGCGACCCCUCCCCCAGACGCACACAGACGACACACUGUGGCCUACAUUUCAGCAGUCAUUUGCCUUCGGGUCGGUUCCUGAUGCACCAAACUGACCUAAAAAUCAUCAAAGCACUUGUCCGCUUGCACUCUACUUGUACAAUGUUCCAUAACACUGUAGCUGGAUCCUGCAAAUUUCCUUCACUAAUGCGUCUGAGGAACAGAUUCAAUCCAAAGUCUUCUUGCAAUGCACAAAAAGAAUUUCUAAUGUAUUUAGUUAAUUAGAGCAUCAACAAACAUUAAUUACUACAGAGUGCAAUUAGGAAUGCUAAAUAUAGUGAGAAAUAAAUAUAGCAUGAUGUUGCUCAGAGCACAAAGCGUAGAAUUAGACUGAAUAGAUCUACCCUUAUGAAUUGGACACAUUUUCACUGAUUUCUUUUCCAUAUCGGAUCAAUACAAAUAUUAAUAUCGGAUCAGUUCAUCUCUAGUGUGUAUAGAUUAUGUCCCCUACUGCUAAGUUGUGCCUCCUCCUGCAGAGAUGGUCACAAAUGCAGUGUUUGUUUUACUUUUUUAUUUAAAUUUAAAAUUUUUGAAAGAUUAACAAACCUUUACGGCUGUAAUCACUUUAAUCUGAAUGCCAGAAUAUAAAUGCUGGAAGAUAUUCCAACUUUUAUGAGUUUAAAUCUCUGUUUAAAAGGUCUUUGAGAAGAGCUUUACUUGGUCUGUGUCUCCAUGGAGACGCUUAAAGAGGAGGUCCACGCUUCCAAUGAUUACAUUUUUCCACGCGUUACUGGAUUUCAUCAAUAUAUUUCAUUUAGCAUUCUGUAAAACACUUCAAUGUCGAGCCCAAGUUGUUUUGAGUCAAUUGUCUUCGAUCAAAACUACAGAAGUUGACUGAAAAUAUGAACUUAAAGGAGCGAAAACUGAGAAACGACUGAGUAAAAAUUCUGGAGAUAUUCAGCUAGUAUGAAACGAUUAGCGAAAAUGCAGGGAGAGGAAAAACUAACGCAGAAACACAAAUUUAGAGGCCAACAAGUUUAUUCUGUAUGGGGGAAAAAUAGAGAAUUUCAUCCUAAUGUGCGCCUGAUAUUCUGACAACACUUUAUAUGUCAUCUUGUUACAUUAUCUCUCAUUCAUUUGACUCUCUAAACAUAAUUUCACAGGUGUGUUUAACUGACUCCAGGUUUGGACAUGUUGAAAAUGUUAAGAGCAUUUUGCCAGUUUGUAGCAUAAAACAGCCAAACGUGCAUGAAGUGUACUUAUCCUCUGCUUGUCUGGUUUAGCUGUUUUAUGUUGAGUGUUUUUGUGUUGUGAUCUCAUCAGGUUGGCAGACAUUCAUGCUCAAAUUGACUGGAGAAAAAAAAGCGUUUAAUGACCAGUUAGAUUCCUCUGCGAUAACGGUUCACUGUCUUGGAGUUAAAACAUGUUUAUUGGUCACUUCUGAACGGGUCUGUACUCUUUUCUUCAGCUUUAUUGUUUUUAAAUAUUCAGAACAGUGUACAGUAGGGUGACUGAGUCUGUUUUUAUGUUGUCUUUUCUUCUGUAUUUUUUUAAAAUAUUUUUUUUAAAAAGUGUGUAUUUAAAUUUACUUUUGUUCAAAAUGUCAGAAGUAUUAAGGCAGCUACUGAUGAAAGCCAGUAGUUUUCAACCUCAUCAAUCCAGAUUUUUUUUUUUUUUUACUCUAAAUUUAAAUUUGUUUUUAGUAGAUCAUGGCCUUAAAAUUUUAAUUACAUGCAAGUUGAAGAAGAAAUUUGCACUAAAAUCUAAGAAAAGCUUUGAAACAAUUUGUGGCUGAAUUAAAUGGCAGCUGUGGCACUGUAGCUUAAAUAAGAUGAACAUCAUUUUUUACUUUUUUAUUUUUACACUAGGUGCAUUACCAGACAUUACAACUGCACAGCCUGAACGGUGUGGCGAUUUUUAUUUGAUCUAAUUGUAGUCAACUCGUAGCUAUUUGAUAUUUGUUGUUUAUACUGAGAUACAGUGGUCCAUAUUUAACAUCAUGUGUAAAAUACGAGUUUUAUAAUAUUGCCAUCUAAACUGCUGUAAAUAGGAAAAUGUUGUUUAAAUGGAGAAUGUGAGAAAAUAUUUCUUCAAAGCUCAAAAGUAAUGUUUGUAAAUUACACAUUUUAUCCCAUUUUAAUGACUAUUUUUGCUUUAAUAGACACAUCAACAACUCUGUUCUCCACACUGUCAGUUAAUAUGUAUGCACAGUUCAUACUAUUAAAUUUUUUUAUUAUUAAAUAUAAAGUGGAUGUUUUGUGGCUGCUUCACAAAAUCGAUUUAGCGUGAGCUAAGAGGAGCUUUGUGUUAAAGAUGUUGGAGGUCAUCAUCACUCCUCCCAUUGUUUUUCACUGCAGUGCACCAUUUCCACUAUCAGCGGACCAGCUUUAUGCUGUACAGUCUUUAACGUUUUACGGUCUGUCCCAAUAUUAUAUCUGUUCAUCUGAAUUGAUCUCUACAUGUUGAUAGAUAUCCGGAAAACCUCACGAGUUGAAAGGUUUUCACCUUCUGACACAAAGACUCACCAAUACAAACCUUUUUUGUUUUUCUCUCUGAUACGAAUUACUUGUCUGGUAUUUGUCUACAAACAGUCCUGCAGGUGCUGCCUGACCUUUGACUUUGCUGCUCUAAAAGGCCACAGCUUACAUCGUUUCCCCCCCUCUAAACUAAAUCAAAUUUCUCAUUUGUAAUUUAUUAUCUUUAAAGCCUUAAAAUGUCCAAGGUAGAGAAGUAAAGCCUUUCCUUUUGUGAAAACAUAAACCGGUUUUGCUAUUUCAGCUUAGUUUAAAUGGUUAAUUUGUAGAAUGUUUCUGAGACGGAGAUUAAUAAUCUAUGAUUUAAUUUACUUUAUAUAGUUUGAUGGCCUUUAGCUGACUCAAACUCUUCCAGUUGGGAUGCAGUAUAUGUGCUCUUGCAAUUGAAUGAAUAACACUAGAAGUCAAAAGAUCGUUGUAGUCAUUGUGACGUGGUCAUACUUGGUCAUGAGAAUUUACAAUGUCGGCUUCCAAAAUGUUGAUUGAAACAAAGUAGUUUUCAUGUACAAUGGGAUACUUUUGAAGUAUGCUUGAAAAUUGGCAGCUUUAAAUUCUUUUGUCUGCGUAUUUUUUUAAAAUGUUAAGCAUUGGGAUUGUUUAUUAAAAAUGCACGAAUGACGAUGUAGAUAUUGCGAGCUAGCAUUUUUUAAAGGUGUAAUAAAAAACUAAAUGAGUUAAUUUAAUCGAGUCAUUCUGACUUGCAAGCAAUAAGUUCUUGUUUUCUAACAUUUGUGGUUGGUGAACAUAGAAAACUGACUAAAUCAUAACUUUGUAUGGGUUUUAAUGUGAACUCACUUCAAUAAGACUGAGUUAUGGUUUGGGUUAAUAUCCUGUUUUGUUUUGUAUGUUUACAUUUAUGAUGUAAUUGCCUGUGUAAUAAAUAUUAUUUAAAAAUAUA